AUGGACGAUUCCAAAAAUGACUCGAAAAAUAUUGAGAACGCUAUUGCCAACGAUCCACUUGCAAGAUAUUCAGAUGCACAAAAGACCAAAGCUCUCCGAAAAUUGGAUUGGAGUCUAAUUCCACUGCUUGGGGUUAUAUACAUGCUUUCUUACAUCGACCGUGGAAACAUUGGAAAUGCCUACACGGCGGGAAUGGGCAGUGCCUGGGGCAUUGCUUCUAAUCAAUAUUCCUGGAUAAUUACUGCAUACUAUCUGGCUUAUAUUGCUUUCCAAUGGUUCAUUCUUCUGUGGAAAGUUAUUUCACUUCCUGCAUGGGUCGCGCUCAUGGCUCUUAGCUGGGGCAUAACGAGUAUAUUGCAAGCUGCGACAACAAAUUUCGCCGGGUUAAUGGCCUUGCGGUGCCUUCUUGGAGUAUUCGAAGCUGGGUUUGCUCCCGGUGUUGCAUUGUUUCUCUCGUUUUUUUAUCACCGCUCGGAGAUGGCAUUCAGGUAUGGACUUUUUAUCUCGUUUUCGCCAAUUGCCAACUGCUUCGCGUCUGCCAUGGCGUACGGUAUUGUUCACGCAAGAACUUCGCUAUCUUCAUGGAAAUUGCUCUUUAUUAUUGAGGGUAUACCCACUUUAUUGAUGCUGCCUUUGGCCUACAUUUUUCUUCCCAAAGCACCGGGUCACUGUCGAUUUCUUAACCAAAUAGAAAAUGAAAUCGUGUCCCUUCGCGCCGCACAGGGGCGGGGACAUGAAGAAGAAGGAAAGCUUAACUUUAAACAAGUUUGCACCGCUUUCUAUGACUACAAGAAUUAUAUUCAAGCAGUCAUAGCAUUCUGCUUGAACUCCGCCUUUGCCGCGUUACCUGCGUUUUUGCCAACCAUCAUCGAAGAUAUUGGUUAUUCUUCUGUUCAAUCACAAGGCCUCUCCGCGCCUCCGUUCAAAAACCGCUCCGUAUUUCUCAGCUCUCUAAGCAUCAUUGGAGCAGUCGGGUUUCUUAUCCAGGCCCUCGUGGAAACUAGCGGAGCGCGAUACUUUGCAACCUAUCUUAUCUGUGGCGGGGUGUUUCCUGCAGUUGCUCUGACCUUCACCUGGGUGACAGAUAACCAGGGUUCAGCUUCCAAGUGCGGUGCUGGCUUGGUUAUCUUCGGGCUUCUCUUCUUUGCUGCUAUUCUUGUUCAAUUUUUGAGGUUUCUAAUGAGCCGUGAAAAUAAGCGGCGCGAUGAGCGGUACGGCAUUGUGGAUAGUGGAGAGAUGCCGGAGAAUGUUGCUGACUCUGGCGAUGACCACCCUGAUUUUCGCUUCAUGUUGUAG